UUAACCCGGAGAACAUCAAGAUGACUGACCAGUGCAACUACGCCGUUGAGUCUGAGAACGCUGAGGGUCAAGAGAAGAAAGCUGUGGCGAAGAGAAGAGGAGCCGUGUCCGCUGUCUUCUGUCGGAUUUCACAGUUCUGGCCAGUCAGUUUAACAAUGCGGGCUCUCCGUGGCUUGUGGUCGCUGUUUGGAUUCUCCACACCAGUGAAGGCAGUCUCCCCGGCCAGUGAGGACAAAAGCGGCUCACCUAAUGAAAGGCAGUGCAGAGCUGUCCGGAAGCGUCUCCAUAGGGUCACACGGAUAUUGUUGUCCAUCCUGCCCCGGCGCAUCCAGAGCGCUCUGGGUUAUCCAGUCUGCACUAGCAUCGGCUGUGCUGUGUCUCCAGAGGUGCGCUGCUCCCCUACCAAGCCUUGUGGCAAAGGCAGCAAGAGAAAGCAGGACGACCUGGAUGAGGACGAGGAGGUGGAGCAGCAGUCGUGGGUAGAGGCUCUCACUCAGGAGCUGGCAGAGGAAGACCACGUCGCUGAUCCCGACUAUGAGCCCAGUGCGGUAGAGACGGACAGUGAGGAAUACCGGUCCCACAACGACACUGAGAGCGAUUUGGAAGUAGAGAAGGGCGUCGUGGUCAUCAAAGAUUUGGAAACGGUAGUUCCAUCUGAGGCCCAGUGAUGGCAGUGUGUGCUAAUGUUAGUAUGCAAAUUCAAAGUAUUGUGACCGGUUCCGGAGUGUUUGUCUUUCUGGCCAGCUCUUUUGAUUGCUUCCCAACAUGCUGCUUAUCUUCAGUUGAGUUUUGUAGUUUUUGUAUGCGUUUUCUGUGUUAA